CCCGUUUCCAUUCACUCUCCACGUCUCUCUCGCGCCAGCGACAUGAAUCACAAUCAGAAUGAAGACGAGGGAGGAGGGCAAGAAGAAUAUCGCAACAUGAGUGCCACCAACACCACCAUGAGUGCCAAUAGCACCGCGAUGGGGACAAGGACAAGUCAGUUACACCCUUUGCAACUGGAGCACCAACAGCAGCCAUGGCUGAUUCCACACCCAAAUCUACCCAUCUCAUGGCGGAACAAUGACCACGCUCAACACGCUCAAGACCACGCUCAAGGCCACGACAACACAUAUGGCCGAUACUCUCGUCCAUAUUCACAUUCGACACCCUUGCUGCAAAUCAACAGCACCCAGAACAGCCAUCUACCUACGCCAGAAGACACCUCGUCCAGCAGAACUUUGGUCCAAGGGUACGACCGGCGGCAGCGUCAACUCGCACCAUCGCCUUCGUACAACGACCAGCAGUUGCAGCAGUACUGCGAUAACACCUCCGACCAGGGCCACGAAUCCGAUCCCUCUGAACUACUGCGUCCACCGGUCCACUUCAGCAGCUCACCUCCGAGUAACCUUAUGCCUCCUACGUCCUUUGACCGACUUGAUAACGAUAUGUACCCAGUCCGGCGGACCAAUAGAAGCAUGUCCUUGUCCAUAAGUCCUAACGCCUGGGACGAUGAGAGGGCCCCACGAGCGUUGCUUUCACCUUCAAGGGACCAUCGCGAAGUUGUACCCUAUUCUCAAGAAUGGCGUGUCAUUUUACGCUCUCCACCUCGAGGUCGCACUGUGCUUUACAAUCCGCAGAUGCAGUCUUUGGUCGUCCAGACAACCGUGGGACUUGACUCUCAUCGGAUGGUAGGUCACUCUUUAUGCCACUUAUAGAAUGAGACUUUCUUUGUUCACUAACUAGAAACCACUCGGUCUUAAUAGUCACUUAGUAACGAUCAGAUAU